AUGAAGAUCCUCUUGCUGAUAGCAGCAGUGAUCGUGGCCUUUGUUCCAAUACAGAUCCAUGGGGGCCUUGUGAAUUUUCCUAAAAUGGUCAAGAUUACAACGGGAAAGUUAUUUUCGCCUGGCUAUAACUUCUAUGGCUGCUACUGUUUCCAUGGUGGCAAAGGAUCCCCAAAAGAUGAAACAGAUCGGUGCUGCUUUGUUCACGACUGUUGCUACUACCAUCUGGAGAAACGUGGAUGUGACACAAAAUAUCUGAACUAUGAGUUCACCUCCAAAACAGGCAUUAUCACCUGUGCUGCAAACCAGGACUCCUGUAAAAAAGAGCUGUGCCAGUGUGAUAAAGCUGCUGCUGAAUGUUUUGCCCAGAACCUGAACACCUACAGUACGAAAUACGUGUACUAUCCUGACAUGUUAUGCAAUGGAAAGCCACCCAAGUGCUAA